GAGCUCGACGUUAUGCUUCACAGAUCUCUUCCUGCUCGGACUGGAUUCAUUGCUUCAUAGGUAUCUUGCAGCUUGCAUUGGUAUGAACACACUCACUGCUGAAUUUAAUUAGUUACACUUGAUGAGCAUAUGCACCUUCUAUUUAUUUCAGUGCAUAUUACAUAGUAAAAUACCAUAUAAAUUUCUUCCUCUUGAUUAUUCCAUUCUAUUUAUUUGUUCAAACAUAUUGGCUAUGAUCUACUUCAAGGCAUCCUGGUAGGCAUUUAGUCUCACGUAGUAAUGAGCACCCUCGCCGUCAAUCACAACAUGUUGUCACACCCUUGAAAUAGAGGCCAGUUAGGAUAAUACAAAAGUAUUACCCUAAAGAUUUCUAUGAGCAAGCCACUAUUAGAGAAUGUGUUCCUCACAAUGUCCACUGAUGGUAUGUACAAAUAUCUCUUCCAAGUAUAUGACGAAGGGAUUUGAUAGGCAGAUAAAAAAAUGGAGUCUAAUGAUGGAUCAUCUGAUUCAUCAAGUGAAACAAUCAAUGAAAUAGAAAAUCAUCCAAAAUGUCGCUAUAUGACACCAAAUGAGAUUGUUUGGCGCUUUCCAGAGAGAAUGAAGAUUGAUUCAGUGUCUAGGUUCCCCGUCAUAAAGAAAAGCUUCUCAGUUGACAAUGCACAAGUGUUACCUUCUACAAAGCCAUCUCCAUGCAAAGAAAUGAUGACCCAUCCAUCUUCAAAGAAUAUCGAGAGUGCGAUGACCCUUACACCAGAGGAUGCAAACAAUACUACACCUCCCUCUUGCCAACCCGCAACUAAUGUCAUUGAGAAACAAAAAAAUGGGUACUCUUUGGCUAAGAUGAGCAUUGAACUUUCAGAAGAUGAAACCACCAACACAGAGAUUAUUGGGCAAUCGGGACAUGCGAGGGAAAAAUGACAUCGUCAAGGUGCAUGCAAUCACAAGAAUAAUGCUGCACAAGAAUACUAUUGUUUUUAGCAACAUGAACGACAUAGAAGAGAUGCACCUACGAGCUACACUACUACCUUUCUACAUAAAAUUAGUUACAUCCUUGCUUGAAUUGUAAUCCUGACAAACUCACGUUAUUACUAUUUCCAAAUGACCCUAUGCAUAUUACCUAUGCAAUUAUUAAGUCUGAAUUGUGAAGUCUA